GAAUAAAGAAUUCACUUGCAUCGACGUUUAUUGUUUGUUCUGUCAUAAAAUUGUAUCGCAGAAUAUACCAGCUCUACUAAUUCAACUGGUGGAGAAAUUUCAAAACUGUACUCCUAUUACACAUACAGACGUCAUUGGUGUGUGUUUGUGUUGAAAAGUUCUCAUUAAAUACCCAAAUGAAUAAUAAAUUUGGUUCAUUUUUAUCAAAGAAACAACGCAGCGUAGUAUCGUCGAGAGAAACAAAAAUUAUCGUAUACAUGUUAGACUCACAUCGGAAUAUAGUCCGUGAUAAAAGACUCCAUGCUAAUUUAUUCCCAUACAUUUUGAACAACACAAAAACUCGUUUCGUUAAUAUUUUUUUUUUUUUUUUGUGUUUGAUGUCAGUAUGAUUUUUCGCAUCGGCAAAAUGACUGCACAUCGUUCACAUUAUUUACGUUAUUUACUAUUGCUGGCAAUCGUUUUGGUAAUUAUCAUUACCAUAUUUACGGAUUCAAGUGUUUUGAAGAAAACGGAAUACACUCCGAAUGAAACGGAUGAUUUCACACCGAAACCACAACGCUUUGAAAAUAUUAGUGAUUGUUAUAAGUCACCGGGGAAUAAAGACAAUGGAAUUCGGUAUUUUGAUGACAUUUUGGACGCAAAAAUACAACCGAAACCAGGCAAAACAAUUUUUUUUCAUCAGACAACAUGCUCGAAAACCGGCAUCGUUAAAUUGAACGCAAAAGAGGCGUGUGCAGUAGAGUCGGCCGCCCGUCAUAAUCCCGAUCGUGAUAUAUUUGUGAUAUUUGCUAGUCCAGUUGGUGUCAUUGAAACAAAAAAAGAGUUACCACAAUUCUACAAUAAACUUCAAGUGUAUUCGAAUAUACACGUACGAAAUAUGAACAUAUGGCGUUACUCCUCUGAUACACCAAUUUCUAGUUGGUUAACAUCCAGCAAACUAUUUGAUUCGAUGUUUUUAUACGAACAUAUGAGCGAUAUCGUCAGAGCGAUGACACUAUACAGAUACGGUGGCUAUCACAUGGAUUUGGAUGUGAUUGUGCAGAAAAAUAUUGACGAAUUGGGUGAGAAUUUCAUCGGAGACGACUGGGCGACAGUGAUAAACGGUGCGGUUAUGCAUUUAAACAAUCAUGGCGUUGGGAGGGAAAUCAGUCAAAGAUUUUUUGGUGAGAUAAUGAAAAAUUUCAAUGGCGAUUCUUUCAUUGGAAAUGGGCCACAAAUGUUGACACAUAUACUUGAAGAGAUUUGCUCAACACCGAAUCGAACGUUAUGGACACCAAAUCGUUGUCAAGGUGCUAAAAUCCAACCGAAAGAGACAUUUUAUCCAAUUUCAUGGUCAAAUUACACGCUUUACUUUGAACCAGAGGAUUUGAACAAAGCGCUUAAAUUAUGCGAAAAUUCAACGGUGAUACAUGUGUGGAACGAUCGUAGCAAAGAUAUUUGGAAUAAAGUUGGUAUCGAAAAUGCGUAUCAAGUGAUUGCCGCGAAGAAUUGCCCAUUGGUUUAUUAUGACAGCGAGAUUUUUUAGAGGCUCUACUGAAGAAGACCUGCGAAGAGAGAUAGCGAGUGAGAGUUAAAAAGAAUGGGAAAAAGUAAGAGGGGAAUCUAGUGAUAACGAGACUGUGACACAGCCUGCUUGCGUGAUUUAUUUAAAUUUUAAGUACAGUUGAGAAAAAAAAAUAAACGAAAAUAGUCAUAUGAAGAUAUAAGUGUAAAGAAUAUAUCUCAAAUUUUUUCGUUAAACAGAUUUGUGAAGAAAACCGAUAAAAUAAACUAACCAAAAAUCCACGGAAAUGACUGUGAACUGAUUA